GUUUACAAAGACACUGUUGUUGUGUUUUCGUUUGUUACAGAACCUUCUCGUUUAGUGAGAUCCAAACGUCCUAAAUAAACCUGUUGAAGAAGACGAAGAAUUCAUAUAGGCUACAACUUGAACAACUAUAAUACUUCGUUGCCAGCAAAAACAUGUGGCUUUUUAUGACGCAUCGUGUAGAUUGACUUUGUGACACUUUUUCUGCGUUCAGUGAAAGCAAAAUACGCUAACGUUCUGUAACGAUUUUAUUUGUUGUUGAAGUGGUUAUUAGGUUUAACGCCAAGUGCUUAAACCAGUGUUGGUGAACGUUUUUUCGGCUCUGGUUGAACUUGGCCCAGUUUUGUGAAAAUGUCUACACAUCGUCUAGUUUUACCUAUUUCGGCGCCAGUGUUAAAAAGUGCAGGGGUUGUCAUAGUGACGUAUUCACUUGUUAAAUUAUUAACAUCGGUAUGGAAGUUCUACAAAUACUUCGUAUUUUUCAACAAUAUUCCAGGAGAAACCGACUUCCACUGGUUGCUAGGUAACGCCCACAAGCUGAGCAAAGUGAGCGAAGAGCGUCUGAACUACUUCAACGGGAUGAUGCUAAAGUACACGAAGAUAAUGAGGUUCUGGUUUGGGCCUUUCAAACCCGUGAUUAUCCUGCACCAUCCUGACACGAUGAAGAAAGUCAUGAAGACUUCAGAACCCAAACCCAGAGGACUGUUAGGUAGUUACCAACUGGCGCUACCGUGGCUUGGGGAAGGUCUAUUAUUAGCAGGGGGUGAGAGGUGGGCUCGGUCACGACGUCUGCUGACCCCAGCGUUUCACUUCGACAUCUUAAAGCCAUAUAUUGAAGUCUACAACAAGGCUGCCAACAUAGUAGUCAAUAAAGUCGAGCAGCACGCGAUUAAUGGAGAGAGUUUCGAACUGUUCGGCUUGAUCAGUCUAUGCACGUUUGACAUCAUCCUGCAAUGUGCCAUGUCGUACAACGAUAAUAUACAACUUAAAGGAGACGGUCACCCGUACGUGAAAGCUGUCAAUGAACUCUCCCAUCUGUGGUUUAAUCGAGGAAGGAAUCCACUCCUUUGCCUAGACUGGAUCUACAGACGGACGGCGAAUGGACGUCGGUUUAUGGAACAGUGUAAAUUUGUGCACUCCAUAUCAGAGGAGAUAAUAGAAAAAAGAAAGAAAACUCUGGAAGAAGAAGGGCCACCAGAAAAGCGCUAUCUAGAUUUCCUUGACAUCCUGCUGACAGCGAAAGAUGAAAAUGGAGUUGGCUUGACACCUUUGGAAAUCAGAAACGAAGUGGACACGUUUCUAUUUGAGGGUCACGACACCACCGCUAGCGCCAUCUCGUGGAUCCUCUACUCCCUGGCCGUCAACCCGGACAUCCAGGAACAGGUUCAGGCGGAGCUGGACGCGGUGUUUGAACACAAGGACGUCGACAAGAUAGAGUGGACCGACCUGCCCAAGUUAGAGUACCUGACUCGUGUUAUCAAAGAAGGAAUGCGCAUGCACUCGCCUGUCUGCUUCAUACAAAGGGAGUUAACUCAGCCUAUCGAGGUGGCGGGCAAGACGUUACCAGCGGGCACCACUUGCUCUCUAAGCAUCUAUCACCUGCAUCACAACCCAACCGUCUGGAAGGAUCCGUGGGAAUUUCGACCCGACCGGUUUCUGCCAGAGAACAUGGUUAACCAGGACCACUACGCUUUUGUCCCCUUCUCAGCAGGUCCGAGAAACUGCAUAGGUCAGAACUUCGCAAUGAACGAAGAAAAGGUUGUACUGUCUCGAAUCCUUCACAGAUUCACGCUGGAAGUCGACCCAACACACGAAGUCCGGCGAUGUGUUGCUGCUGUAAUGAGAGCCGAAGAUGGGAUCCGCGUUUUCGCUAAACCCCGAGUUAAAGGGGAAUAACUCCUGCUGUCGUAAUGAGAGACGAAGACGGGAUCCGCGCUUUCUCAAAACCCCGAGUUAAAGGGGAAUAAUUGUUGCCGUAAUGAGAGCCGAAGAUAGGAUCCGUGUUUUCGUUAAAACCCCGAAUUAAAGGGGAAUAACUGUUGUUGCCGUAAUGAGAGCCGAUGAUGGGAUCCGCGUUUUCGUUAAACCCCCGAGUUAACUGAAAAACUGUGCACUGUUAAAGAUGUAUAACUCUUGCAAUCCGGUGACAUCAAUAUCAUGUUUUGAAUUAUUUAUGUCAGCAAGCUUAGGAUUAUGGAAUAUUUUGUUAUUAUUUUGUUAUUUAAUAAUUUUUCAAAGUGCUGAUCUAUUUUUAUGACACAUAUUUAUAUAUAUCCUAUUUUUGUUUAACCGGUGCCAACUUUGAACAAUGUGCCUGAAACAAAGUUUGUCAUAAAAGGCUGAAAUGUGUGUCUAUGAUAGCGUGCCUGAACUUGAAUCAGAUGUAAGCAUACAAAUCAGGUAAAAAUUAAUAAAAAAGAAAAUGUA